AUGCGCUUCACCUUGGCCAGCUUCCUCGUCGCCGUCUUCUUCGCCAUGACUACCGCUGCAGUAGUCCCCAUGCACAGCGUCAUCAUCUCCUUCCCAGCCGACGCUCCCGAUCAUCUACUACAGCAAGCCAAAGAUGCCGUGAUCGAUGCCAAGGGCAAGAUCACCCACGAAUACAACAUCAUCAAAGGUUUCGCCGCUGAGCUACCCAAGAGCGCAAUGGAAACCAUCCAGGCCAUGGACGCCACCUGGCCGGCGCUGAUCGAGAGCGAUGGACUUGUCACGACACAGGGAGACAAAGGAGACAAAGUUGGUAUCUUCUAG